AUGGAAUGUGGUUUUGUGGAAUUGUCCCGGUUUUGUGAAAUCGAAUGUCCACGUUCAACAUACCCAAUCUGGUUUUCUGUUUCACACACCACAAUCAACAUUUGGGCACGCUUCCUCCAUGGGGCGCUUCCUCCAUUUCGGGGCACUCAGUGGAUGCAUCAGUGCCACCGGGGGAUGUGGGAGCGAACCCGGAGCAUUUGUCGACAGGUGCGGGAUGGAAAGCAUGUGCACGAGUUCAACUUAAAGGAUGUGAGCGACGGCUUCAACACCUCGCACAUCAUUCAUCGCUUGGAGUUCGGUGAGCGCGUGCCCGGCGUGGAGUCCCCGCUGGAGGGCACUGCGAAGAUCGUGCUCAAGGGAGCCUACAUGUUCCACUACUACAUCAAGCUGGUCCCCACGCUGUUCGAGAGCGGCGAUGGGAGGCCCCAGUACACGCACCAGUACUCGGUCACGGGCCAGGAGAAAGAUGUCCUGGUACGGCAGGGUGAAUUGGCCGGUUUGCCCGGUGUCUUCCUGGUCUACGAGUUCACUCCUUUUAUGGUGCAGAAGACCGUGAAGGAGGUGCCCUUUUCGCACUUCCUCAUCUCCGUGUGCGCCAUCAUCGGCGGCGUCUUCACGGUGGCCGGUCUUCUGGAUGCGGUGCUAUAUCGCACCACCCGGAGGCUCAAGGGCAAAGCGCAGAUUUGA